AUGCAAUUCAAGGAAAUUCCACGUAAACUAGUGGUCGCAAAACGACUUGCCCAGUGCCUGAAUCCUGCCCUGCCCAAUGGGGUCCAUCAGCGUGCUCUCGAUGUUUAUUCUCAUGUGUUAGCAGUUCUAGGGCUGGAUGGUCUCAAACGUGACCUUCUCCUCUGGUCUUCUGGCUUAUUCCCUUUCUUUGAGUAUGCGGCAACUUCGGUUAAACCAGCACUACUUAAUCUAUAUGAUACCCAUUUCCUCCCUCUUGGAAACUCGUUGAGGCCUGCGACACGUGCGAUGAUACUCGCUUUGUUGCCAGGUCUGGAAGAAGAGGCAGGCGAAUUCUUUGACAAGGUCCUGGCGCUAUUGGAUAGAUUAUCGGGAAUGGUUGGGCCGGCGUUCUUCUUUCAAAGCGUUUGGCUCGUCCUUGUUACCUCACCUACAGCGAGGGCUCCAGCGUUGAAUCUGUUGAUGCGGAGGCUACCUAAGCUUGGGCCUGAAGAUGAUUUAUCUAGUGUCGUUGGUAGCGAUGUAGGCCUGAUGAUACGAGCAUUUGCUGCCGCCCUGGAAGAUGACAAUAUGUUGGUUCGUCGGGGGACCUUGGAGCUACUCUGUUCGACCUUGCGGAUGGAUGGAGCUAUAAUGAAAAAGGCUCAACGGCCCGACCAGACGAUUUUGAUGCGUGCUGCAGUUGGAGUUGUCUUGCGACGCGAUUUGUCACUUUCCCGACGUUUGUUCGCUUGGUUAUUAGGGAGUUCAGAGCAACCUGCUACACAGGUUACGUAUCUCAAGGCAAAUGGACUUGGCCUCCUAGUAUCAACUCUCAAAGAUGACAUGUAUGGACUAGAUGAUACUGGGGAUACCCGUCCGUUUAAGAUUUUUGUUUCGCUAUUGGAUCGUUGGGAAAUCGGUGGCCCUUUGACCGAGCUGCUUAUCAUCGACGCAUUCGGAGCCUUGAAGAAUGCACUGGAGCGAUCGCCUGAUAACGCUGAUCUAGUGACUGCAGCUAGCACGCUAUAUGAGGCCAUAGAACCUCAAAUUUUGUGGCAGCAGCUGUAUGCAACAGCUCGCACUGAGAUACUGAGCGGGGCUUCCGACCUCAAGGCACUCGAAAUGAUCAGUUUCAUUAUAUCUACUUUCAAAACACACGAUCCUGAGGUCCAAAGUAUUCAUCUACCUGCGGUAUCCACAGCUUUAGCGGAAAUUUGCAGGAUUCUUGUUGUGGGACAGACUAGCAUUAUACAAUCCAAUACCAUUCAACGCGCUAUACGAAUAGUCUCGGAUGCCGUUCAUCAUACACCGUCCGCCGCUUUAUUGGAGAAGCUUGAAUUGUCUCAACCCGCACCUGUGCUCGAAUUACCGACAUCGCCUCUUUCUCCAACGGAUAAGCAGAUGACUUCUCCUACUGUUGAGAACCGAGAUAUUGAAUCGUCGAACCCUCCUCCUUACGGCGCAGUAAGCAGAGCAGAUACGUUUUAUGGAAUAACCCCUUCGGACUACCCUCUACUUUUAAUGACGGAGCGACCGGUAGAUUCAGUACCAUUUUGCUCCUUAUUCGAGGACGCAGUUACCAUGUGCAAACACCCAUUCGUCGGACUUGGAUCCGGCCUAAUGAACUCACUUUUGCUUCGCCUGAAGGAUAAGACUGCCGUAUCCGUAACAAUAGAAUGGCAACCCGAAGAAUGGAUAGAGAGCAUAAUACGCGAGCUUCAAACGGACCGGUUGUUUGCCGUGGUGGACUCAGUGAUUGGACUCGUGAUUCGGUUAUGUCGAUCAAGCUUGGUCACACCAGCCUUGACCAUUGGGAAACGCCCACAAGUUGAAACAUUCAUCAGUUUGUUACUUGGUUAUCUCCGCCCCGAGUACACUCCGUAUCACGUACGGGGUGUCCAACUAUUGUGGGAGCUACAAGCUACUGUGUCCCACCGCGAAUUUGAAUCAGUUGUUGCUAAGACACUGUCAUCUCAAAAAAUGGGGAAAAGCGACGCUUACGAGGCUUUUGGAGUAUUCUGGCGACUGACAGACGAUUCACUCGUUCCUGGCUAUCGAUGCAAGACUCCACUUCUCAUAGUCCUUGACACGCUUAAGAGCGAAGAUAUUCAUAUCCGCCGUGUGGGGGAGACUUGGAUGCGAUGCAGUUUGAAAUCCUAUAUUCGAGUAAUCGAACCGGUACUAUUUGAUCUGCUUGAUCCAUCGAUUAAACGAGCCUCGACAACCUUCACCUUCAACGGACGAGACACAAGGGGAUAUACCUAUGAACGUUCGAUUGACCAGAGAAAACUCGCAGUUGCUCGAACAACUCUUAUCCAGCGCUCUCUUUACCCUGGUUUGAUGGCAAGAGCUGAAGCUGCGCAAGUCGCUCACCCGAAUACAACCUUUUUGGAUGUUCUAAUCGAAGUAUUAUUGCGGAUUCUACAGAGCGAGCCCAAGCCUCAGCUCGCUGCGCAUAUACAAACUUUGAACGGACAUUUACACACAGUUGCAUUGGAUACUAUCCAAGCAAUUGUUUCGCGUGGAGAGGUUGACUUACCAACACUGGAAACUAUCGAGGCCACAAUCGUUAGCAAACUUUACAUGUCGGUACAUACCGACAGGGUAGAUCUUCAGAAUAAACUUCUACAUGUUUUACAUUCUACCAUUUUUGCUGCGACCUCUACUGCCAUUCUCACUCCUGGCACAGCUCCAGGUUCUCCACGUUUGGCUCCUGGAAGGAUCGCGCCACUUCCUGGGGGAUCUAUGGACGAGCUUGCGUCAGCUGAUAGCCAACCUGCUAAGCUUCCAGGAUCUAUCAACCCACUUCUAAUUCAAACAAUAACAGAUGGAAUUACCCGAACCUCUCACACUCCUAUACUCCAGCACUGGAUGGAUUUUGUUUUAAUGACAAUACCCCAUUUCCAACAAUCACAAGCUCAAGUGGUGCUUCCUCUUGUUGACUGUGUCUGUAAACAACUGCGAGUUGCGUUGGAAUCUAUUCAGGGCCUAACUCAAACCCGACGCAAUAACGAGCUCGAUCACAUAUCCCAUGUCACUGAUGCGGAAUUCAUUGUUUUACUGAACGCUCUUGAACGUCUUGUGCUACUUGCGAUUAGUCGAAGCUCUGAUCCUGGGCCAACUGAAGAAGACGAUACGGCAUCAGAAAAAGAGAUCAGUGGUUUAUUCGGCAUCGUCUCUACUGUUUUCAAUUCUGAUUCGCACUCCAACGCCGUCGCCGAGAAAAUAGUGCCAUUAUCUCCGUCUUAUCGAUGCUUAUUCGACUCCAUCAGCGUCUUACAUUCCUUGUGGAUAGCAUCCGCAUGGAAUCCGUCUACACCCUUGCACGCAAUUGACGAGUCCAUUUCUCUUACAUAUGGCCGAGCUAGGAUGCGUUGCCGUAAGGUGUUCGAACGCGUUUUCCGGGUUCAGUCUGCGGACGUUUUAGAUAUUCUAGUGGAUUGCUGGGAUAAGGGUGAAGGCUCAUCAGAUAUGACAUUGAGAACCUUCGAGAUAGUUGAUCUACUAGCGGCUAGUGCCCAAACUGUGAUACAUAUGCUGUGUGAAAGUAUAUCUAUGCGAUCGACGACUAGCCUGGGGGACCGUGGUCGUCGAGCAACAAUGAGCAAUGCUACUCUCUCGGAUAUUACCUUGUUCAGGUUUAUGCAAGAAUACCUCGCUAAGCUUGAGGGCCCAGUUGUCAAUCAAGUGUGGACUCGAUUAAUGUCAUUACUCAAAGACAUAACUGCCAAUGUACCAGCUCACCGUUCGCAGGUUUUCCCCGCUCUAAAAUGUCUGAUCGCGGCUGCUGAGAAGCAAGCUAUGACAACUGCGUUGGACGACAGACGUACCAAGAAGGAACUGCAAGAUACUAUGGCCAAACUUAUUGAUGCAUGCCUCCAUGCUUCGGGCCGGAGCAUUGAUGGUUUGGCUUCUCGCAAAGGUACGCGUGAGGCCCUUGCGUCGGGUUCAGCAAACGGAAGAGCAUCCCCGUUAUCAAUCCAUCGAGUCAGGACAGACAGCCUCACAAACGAGAAGAUUGUGGCCAGCCCCGCUGACGAUUCUGCUAAGGUAACCGCCGCUUGGGAGACCGAUUUGCCUGACGAAAUCAAUCUGUUCUUUGCGAGACGAUUGAUACCAAAUCUACGCAAAUUCAUGGUUGAGAACGACAAGGUUGUAAGCGUAUGUGCCAACAUUGUGUAUUAUGUUAUCAACCCAGCAAUUCGCUCGAAAGUCAAGAAUGCUAUUGAUAAUCAGCCGACAAUCAUGAUCAUGAUGGAAGAACUGGUCAAACAGCAGGUUGCUGUGAGAGCGUGGAGACCACCCCUUGCCGAAGCAUUCGACGAUCAGAGAUUUUUCGCCCGAGAUCCCGAUGCUGGAUCCGGAUGGUGCCCAUUAAUUCGUGCAUAUAUACUUUCAGACAAAUUAGCUGUCCCAGAUAUUGUCGGCCGAGUUACAACUACUUCAUCUAACAAUAUAUUUACAAACCGGGAGGCGGAAGCCCUAGCACGCACUAUUUCCCUACGAAGGCUCUCCAUUCAAGAAAAGCUAGUCGAACUACUCCGGUCAACUUCUGCUGAGCCAAUCGUUCACAGUGAGGUGUUUUUAUGUGUCAGGAUACUCUUGUGUCGAUUAUCCCCGCAUAAUUUGUCUUCGUUCUGGCCUGUCAUUCUUACUGAACUGAUCAGAAUAUUUGACUUGGCUCUGGUAGAUCCCCCAACUGAUAACUCAGAUGAAUUACUGUUGCUUCUGGCGGCUUGCAAGUGCGUGGACCUCAUGCUGGUCUUGCAGACCCCCGAAUUCCAAAUCCACCAAUGGAUGUUUGUAACGGACACUCUGGAUGCUGUUUACCGACCUGAUGGGUGGAACCCCGCAUCACUUAUGGACCAGCUGGCAGAGGUUAUUGGAAGUCUGCCGAAACUCGAACAAAGUACCACUUCUAUGCAAACAGCAUUCGCCGGCCAGACUUCGAAGCGAAGACCUCUCCUGGGAGCUGUCCGUCGAAUAGAGCGACUGGGCGAUCUCAUUCCUUUCUUUUCUCACGUUAGCAUAGCAUUAUACGAGGGUGUAUAUGCGGGCGCAAGUCCUGAUAUGGACGAGAUCGAGCGCGGGUUUCUGGAAGAGAUGUUUGGUGGUUAA